UUUCACACAUCCAAUACUAUCACAGUUAUUUUGCCAGUUCAGGAGUGCUUCAAGAAAAAUUGGACUUUGCACAAAUUAACACAUUUGGUUGGCGAUGCAAGUCCGCAGAAAUUCGAGCCUUGGCCAUCUUAUAAAUAUACGGGAACUCUCCGACCAGCGCCACUGGGUCCAAGACGCGUGGUUCCAGAACACAUCGUGAAGCCGGAUUAUGCUGAUUCUGAGGACGGAAUAUCAGAGAGCGAGCGCAUGGAAAACAGAAACAACCAAGUGAAGGUGCUUAAUGAUGAGGAAAUCGAGGAAAUGAAAGUGGUAUGCAAGCUGGCCCGUGAAGUACUGGACGAAGCAGCACGCGUUUGCGCUCCCGGUGUUACCACGGACCACAUUGAUGCCGUAGUGCACGAAGCAUGUAUUGAAAGAGACUGCUAUCCGUCUCCACUUGGGUGCGUUUCACUACCCAGUAUCAUGCGUUUAGGAUAUCACCAGUUCCCGAAAAGUGUUUGCGUCUCAGUGAAUGAAGUUGUUUGCCACGGAAUUCCGGAUAUGCGAAAGCUUGAAAACGGCGACAUCUGCAAUGUGGAUGUGACAGUGUACCAUCGAGGUUUUCAUGGCGACCUCAACGAGACAUUCCUGGUUGGCGAUCAGGUGAAGGAAGGAACACGAAAGCUAGUGCAAGUUGCCUAUGAGUGCCUUCAACAGGCCAUUCAGAUUGUUCAACCGGGCGUAAAGUUCAGAGAAAUUGGCAGCGUUAUCCAGAAGUACGCGAAUACGAAAGGUUUUUCAGUCGUGAAAACAUACUGUGGGCACGGCAUCCAUCGGUAA